CUCAUAGACACCUGCCCCCCAAUAACACGAGGGUGUGUGCCCACACGGAAGGAGAACCAUGACCGCGAACAAUACGCCGGCCAUGAAGGAUAUUUCAACAUGAGUGAGUCGAAGGCUAAGGCAGCCGCAAAGGGGGCUUCUACAGAGGAGACUGAGAAACGUGGUAGAGGUCGUCCACGGAAGAAGCCACAGGAAGCCCCAAGCCAACCAGCGAGAUCAACCUCUCCUUCCCAAGCACAAACUAAUGCAAAAGAGCCAAGCGGUUCUCCCACUACAAAACGUCCACGUGGUCGCCCUAAAGGCAGCACAAAGAAAGCCUCAAAUAGUAAGAAAUCUGAAAGUGGAAAAGCAAGUGGAACAAGACAAGCUGCUAAGAAACAACAGGAGGAGGAUGAGGAGGAAGGGGGUACAGCAGAGUCAUCAGAAGACCAGUGACCUCAGUUUCAAUGUUGUCUGUCUCUCCUAGAUGUUAUUUUGUAGCCCACAUUCAUAGUA